AUGCUUAAUGACAAGGAACGAAAUCAAGCCUAUAGGAAUGCUAUAGAUCGUGCUGUGAAAAAUGGGUGUGGUCGAGUCUUAGAUAUUGGUAGUGGAACAUGUAUUUUAAGCAUGUUUGCAGUCCAGUCUGGUGCCAAAGAAGUGUACGCUUGUGAAAUGUCCAAAACAAUGUAUGAUCUUUCAUUGGAUAUCCUGUCAGCCAAUCAGAUGAAAGAUUCUGUCCAUGUGAUUAACAAGAAGUCACAUGAUUUGACAAUACCUGGUGACCUGCCUGGGCAAGUCUCACUGAUUGUUACCGAGACCUUAGAUUGCGGUUUACUAGGGGAGGGAAUCAUAAGUACAUUAACCCAUGCAAAACAUGAGCUUUUAGCAGCCAAUCUGAAAGCUCAAAUUAUUCCCAAGGGAGCUAUUGUGUAUGGGCAGCUAAUCCAAUGCGAGAAGAUCAGAAAUUAUUCCCAAGUAAAGCAGGCUAUUUUUAGCCAUGAUGUAAGUAGUGUCCAUAUCCGAGGUGCCGAAAUUUCUGAAAAAGGUGAAGAGCCUUACACAACUGAAGAGAUGAGCUGUAUUGACCAUGUGACUCUAUCGAAUCCUUUCCACAUAACAACUUAUGAUUUCCAAACACCUGAGAACUACAUGGAAGAAUCUAAGGACAACCUUAAUGUUUCAAUUGUUAGAUCAGGCUGUUUAGAUGCUAUUAUGGUGUGGUUUGAACUAAGGUUGGAUGCUCAGGAAACUUUGUCGAGUGCUCCAGGUCAUAGUGUAUGCUGGGAACAGGCUGUCUAUCCAUGCCGACUCUCAGAAGGUGAACAAACUGUUGAGGCCAGUGAUGAAGUCAUAUUGAAUGUCCGACUGACAAGCAGUGCAAUAUGUCUGGACGUUCUGGACAUUACUAGAAGUCAGUCUAUUCAGCCAUCUCCUAAGGUUGAUGGUAUUUUGUCUUCUCAAGAACUAAGCAAAUUGAAUGAUGUUGAAAGCGGUCACGCUGUUCCAGCAAGCUGUAAGCAUAAUACUAGUACAAAUUUGCCAUAUCAAGAGCUAAACAAGUUGAAUGAUGUUGAAUUAAGUGAAAGUAUCACAUUGCCUUAUCAAGAUAUAAGCAAGUUAAAUGAUGCUGAUUUAACCGAAAGUUGCAAUGAGGCACUCUCGGAUGCUUUUGAGAAGCUGAAAUUAUCUUCCACCAACUAUUCAACCCUGGGAUGCAUUGUGCUAUGCAGUUCACUGACUUUCAAUCCAUUGUUUGCAUUAUGGUCAGGACUUUCACCCGUUGUUUGCAUCACCAAUGACACAAAUUUUAUGCAGUGUUUGAAAACACUAGCUGGUGAGAGGGAAUGCUCAGGAAGCCUUCGUUUCAUGGACAAGCCCCUUGAAGUGCUAGCUGGAACCGAAGGCUGGGGCGUCCUGAUAAUCGACCCUAUCGAACCAGGCGGGCAGCUGAGGCAAGGAGUGGUCGAAGAUAUUGUGCUUGCCAAAGGAUGUGUGCUCCCUAAGGAUGUUGGGAUAGUCUUGCCGAGAAAGAUUGAAGUCUGGGGAAUGUUGAUCAGCUCUAGAUCAUUAUGUCAGAAAAGUCAUGUGACUAGUGAUGAUGUCACAUUAGGCCUUGACAUUGCAGGUCAUUGUCUUUAUUAUUAGUAGCAAUAGUAUAUCAUCCAUCCAGUGAUCCAAAUGUCCCAUUGUCUUUCCAUUGUUUGGAAAAUGCCACUGUUCUCCAUGCCAUCCAGUCACUCAUUGUGUUGAUAUAUUUAUGCCAUGAUACAAAAUGCUAAUUUUGUUAUUUUGCAGGUUUUAUCAACACUUUUCGAGUCAAAAACCAAAUUGAUUUUGAUGUCAAAAGCAACCCCUUUGUCUCACUGUCUGAUCCAGCACUACUUCUAACAUUGGAUUUUAUGAAACCUCAUGAUGAUGAUUCCUUACUUUCCCUCUUGAAUGUGACAUGUGAUACACACAUGACAGCAUCGAAACAAGGAAAGGCUGAUGGUCUGAUGUAUUGGUUCAACCUUGGCUAUACAGAAGGAAAAACGGUGAGCACAGACCCAGAAACUGGCUGUCAUUUUAAUCAAGUUGUUAUAAUGUUUAAAGAGAAGGUUGAUGUAAUCUCUGGGCAGAAGUUGGUUGUGAGGACAUCUUGUAAGAACAGUUGUGUCAUGGCUACCGUUCAUGCAGGCACUUUAAAUGAAUAUUCACAACCUCUUUUUGUAGUACCAAAUAAGGAUUAA